GGAUGACAUCAUGACAUCGUAGUGACCGGACGCGUUUUAGGCGUGCUCCCGAUAUUUUUUUCAUUCCUGUGAGAAAUCCACCCAUGUUUAAAAACCACCUAUGAAGCCAUGUCAGAUGAGCCCAAGGAAUAUAACCUAAGGAAACAUACAUCAACAUCUAAAUUCAACAAAUUCAACAAAUCUGUGAAAAAUCCACCAAAAAUGUCAACGAGUUCUGCCAAAUCUUCGGCCCCAGCGACCAGAUCAAAUCGUCAGAUAUCGGCACCGGGAUCGGGUCUCUCAGGGCGCCUCCAACCCGGCGCUGAUUCUCCAGGUGUGCCCGUUGAUAGCCCCCUGUUAGUUCCGCCGUUUCCGAGCCCGGACCCACAUUCACUGCAGGUGGACAGUGAUAUCAGCGAGAUGAAGGCGAUGGUUUCUAAACUGUCACAACAAGUCAACACCAAGCUGGAUCUUGUCAUAGAGGAAAUGAAUGCCAUUAAGCGGGACAUUGCUGAAACAAAAAGGUAUGUCACAGAAGUGGAAACUGCAGUCAAUUUCAAUUCGGAAAAAAUACUGAACAUGGAGAAAGAAAUUUUGCCUAAAAUGAAUGAAUCAAUUGAUGACAAGAAUAACGAACUAGAAGAAAAGAUAUUGUCGCUUGAACUUCAUCAAAGGAAACAGAAUCUACUAAUCUAUGGAGUCCCGGAUGUCAAAAACGAAAACAUUUAUUCCACUGUGUGUGAUAUUUUCUGUCAUUUUUGGGGCAUUAAUCGUGAGAAGGCCAGUAUGAUCCCGAUAAUUAACGCCCACCGGUUACCGGCACCUGCACAACGCGGUAACCAGCCGGCCAGCCCCUGCCCCAUCAUCGUACGAUUUUCUCGCAUGGCUGACAGAGACCGCUUGCUGCAAGCUUUCGAGCAACCUCGGCGUCUUUCAGGAAAUCAGCACCCUGCCUUACCUGGCCAGUCAGCCCAGCCCGCCCAUCCCGGCCAGUUGGUCCAACCCGCCCGGCCAGGUGAGGCCUCCCAGCCCGGUCAGUCAGCCCAUCCCGGACAAGCCGCCCAGCCCGGACAGCCCGAAGGACCCGCCCAGCCCGGAAUGCCCACCCGACCCGGACAGCCCGCCGUACCCGCCCAGCCUGCCGUACCCGCCCAGCCCGCCGUACCCGCCCAUCCCGUACUGCCCGCCGUACCCGCCCAGCCUGGACAGCCCGCCGUACCCGCCCAGCCCAGACAGCCUGGACAGCACGGCCAAUUCGGACAGCCCGCCCAGCCCGGACAGCCCGCCCAACAGAGCUACGUCGAGGUGACAUCGGAAUCUUUGCCCAGCGCCAAUCAACGCUUCAAUCGGGUGACUAUUCGUACUGAUUUACCUGCUAAAAUGAAAAAAGAAAGAGGCCGAUUAGCUUCAUUGGCAUACAAACUCCGCCAUGAAAAGAAACAAGCCACGAGAAUAAGACAGAUUGGAACCAAGAUAUUCUUACAAACUAGGCAAGGCACGGCAAACAGCAGUGUUCAGCCAAAUUGGAUUAACUGGACUGAAUAAGUACAAGCAAGUCAAUCGUUAUUAGAAACUCUCCUGAUGUUUAUUUGGACUAUAAUAUAGGUCUCAUUCAUAACUCAUCAGAAUCAUACAACAGUAAAAUUUAAUAACAAGUAUUAUAUCUGGCAUUUUACAGUUUUCUGCAAAUUUACAUUUGAACUCUUAAUUGAUCCCGAAAGUUUUGUUUAUAUUAUUGAUCUAUUCUAUAUAACGUUGGACUUGUGUAUACGCUCACAUCUUAUCUUUAAAAGCCAAGUGUUUUUUUUUUUCGCAAGUUUUAUAUCCAAUUGCGAAGUUUCAACUGUUCCUUCAUAAUAUCGAACGCUUUUGUGCUUUUAAUGUUUUACAAAAAAAUAUUAACAACACCAUACUUUACCAAAAUGCAAUCUAUUGCUAUUUGUGCAUGCCAUGAUAUUCAUACACUCACAGUGUCUGUGGUUAACUUCAAUUUGACCACAAGUUACUGAUCAAAGCUUGGUAUCUUCUACAUAGGUUACUUUCUCUGGAGUGUGACAAAUUAUGAUAUAUUUUCUAUGAACAGCUAGAUACGAUAAUUACUUGUAAAAACAAAACUUUGAAUUGUGCUCAUGACUUUUGUCUGUAUGGCAACACAUUGGUUUGGUAAGCCUUGAACAUAAAUUUUGGCGUUAAUAGACUUCACGACAUUAUUCUUUCCAUCUUAUAGAGUGCAGAUAUAUGAUUUUCCCCCCUUUUACGUAAAAUUCAUCUUAUUUUUAGUAUUAAUUCAUCGUUUCUAUUUUGAUUAUUUGGUAUAGCAUGAUUCUUUUAUCUUAUGGGCUAUUUUAUACUAUAUUGAUCAUUAUAAAGUCUCGCUCACCAAAGUUAUUCAAAUUCCUUUUUUAAUAUUUCAAUAUCUCUUGGUGUUUUUUUGUCACCUAUCUGCUUCAUGCUUUGUUAGAUAAAUACAUCAAUGAAGGAAAUUCCAAUGCUUUGAGUCCUGAAUGGCCCAUAUUUUGCACUAAACCUGGCAAGAAAUUUUGGCUGCGGGUGACAAUUUCUGAUCUCCUGCGAGGUUGAUGCUAUAUAAUUAUAACUACUAUAGCAUCUCUAACAUGGCUACACUCUAAAAAUUCUAAUGUUGAAUCAGCAUUUGGAAAGUUGGGGAGUAGCGGCCUUUUCCAAAGGUUACAUGCAACCUUGUAUAAAGCUGAAUCGAACAUUCUAAAUGUUGGGUAGAACCAUUUUAAAUGGUAAAUGCAACAUUUGGAAAAUGUUGUCGCUCCUCCGUCCUUUCAGAAGUUGAGUUUGCAUAUCUGUUUUUUAGAGUGUAAAUUCCACUUUUCACUGUACUUGCACAUUGAUAUCUUGUACGUAGGUGUAUUUGCUUCUGAGUGCGACAAAUUAUGAUAUAUCUUUAUGAACAGCUGGAUAUGUAUAACUACUUGUAAAACAAAAGUCCAAUUGUGCUCAUGACUUUUAUCUAUAUGGCAACACAUUGGUUUGGUAAGCCUUGAACAUAAAUUUUGGCUUUAAUAGACAUUAUUCUUUCCACUUCAAUAUAGUGGAAACACCUGAACCUCGUCGUAAAUCUUAAAUGUACAUGAUAAAUGAUUUUUCUUUCUUUUCUCCCCUUUUACAUAAAAUUCAACUUAUGUUUAGUAAAAAUUCAUUGUUUCUAUAUUGAUUAUUUGGUAUAGCAUGGUUCAUUCAUCUUCUGGGCUAUUUUAUAAUAUUUUUGAUCAUUAUAAAGUCUCGCUCACCAAAGUUAAUUCAAUUUCUUUUUUUAAUAAGUAAUCUCUUUGUGAUUUUGGUCACCUAUCUGUUUCAUGCCUUGUUAGAUAAAUACAACAAUAAAGGAAAUUCCAUUGCUGUGAGUCC